ACUGUACUCUCCGAUAUUUAUACGACGCAAUAAUCCUCUUUGAACACACACCGCCUUUUCAAUUGCACACAUCCCUGCUUAAACAGUAGUCAUUUCUCCUCGCGAUUUAAUGCCGCAAAAGGUCGUCGCCAUCGCCGCGGGCGAAGCCCACACCCUCGCUCUCACAGGAGAUGGGAGCGUGUUCUCGUGGGGAAGGGGCACGUUCGGGCGCCUCGGCACGGGGAAGGAGGACGACGAGCUCGUCCCCGUCCCCAUCGCCAUCGCCAUCGCUGGCGCUGCGUGGGCGACGAAGAGGACCGUCGCUUCGCCCGCCACAGGAGCGAUCGGGCGCCCGAAGUUCGUCGAGAUCGCCGCGGGUGCUUACCAUAGCCUCGCUUUAGAAGAUGAUGGAUCUGUUUGGUCGUGGGGUUAUAAUAUCUAUGGCCAGCUUGGCUGUGGUGAAGAGAAUUCCCUCUAUCCCUGUUUGGUAGAGCGUUUCCAGGAAUUGGGUACCCCCGAUUCUUUGGUAGAUGACCCAAAUAAUGAUGGUGGCGGAACUCCUUUGAAGAUUUCCUCUGUCAGGGCUGGAGGAAUGAUGUCAUUUGCGAUAGACACUCUGGGAUCACUUUGGAUGUGGGGAAAUUGCCCUCAGCAGACCGACACAGGAGAGUUCUGCCUUGUCAGCAGUCCAGCCCCACUACCUGUAUGGGAUUUCCAUGGACACAUAGUAGUUAAAGUCGCAUGCGGGAAUGAACAUGUAGUAGCGGCAGUUAGCACCGGAGAAACAUACACAGGAGGCGACCUUGUAUGCUAUGCUUGGGGAAACAACAAUCAUGGCCAGUUAGGGUUAGGUCACAAGGAAAGCCGGGGCCGCCCGCAAGUUAUUCCAAUGUUCAACGAGGAGUCUUCUUGGGCCGUCUAUGAAAUAGCUUGUGGCGCUUUCCAUACAGCAAUUCUUGCAUAUAACAAGUCUUAUGAUCAAGAUAUGGGAUCUAAAUGCUUUACUUUUGGUCUUGGUGAUAAUGGGCAGCUUGGUCAUGGGACUGCAAUGAGCUCUUGCUUGCCUGAAUUAGUAAAUGGGUUGCCACAUGAUCUAGUUCUAAUUUCCAUUGAUUGUGGUUUGUUCCAUACAACGGUCGUGUCUUCUGAUGGGGAAGUGUGGUGUUGGGGGAUGGAAAAGGGCCUUGGACUGUGCCCUGAUGCGAGCUUCACAGGAAACGAUGCAGGGGAUGCAUUAUAUCCUUUAAGGGUUCAUUCUCCUGAGACAAAUGGAUUUAAGUUCAUGGGCCCUGUCCAAAUUGCUUGUGGGGCAGCCCAUACGGUUCUUGUAGCCGGUGAUGGGUAUAGGAUGUGGGCUUGGGGUAGAGGGAGAAGUGGUGUGUUGGGGAGAGGCGAGACAACUGACAGUUAUGUUCCUUGUGUUGUUAUGUGGCCUCCUCUUGAUGAGGACUACAAGGAGAUAGAAGCAGGCAUGAACAGAGAAGUAAAAGCAAGAGAGGAUGCGGGUGCUACAGUCGAGAGUGAGCAAAAGUUGGCUGCUUCAGCAGAGGAGAUAGAAUUUUUAAGGAGAAAGUUGACACUUAUGGAACGAUAUGCCACUGUGCUGCAUAUUUCUAUCUUUAGAAAGCCUUUAGAUGAACGGACUCUUCCGCAAUCUUUAAAAGAUUCGGGUGUGUUCGAUAUCAGAAAGGAGUUUGAGAAUAUGAUGGAGGCAGCGGACAAUGAGGAGCUUGCUCGGAUGGAGAUGUUCUAUCGAAGCAUGCUUUCUAGCGUGAAGGACAAGCUGAUGAAGAGGAGAGUACAAGAGAUGGUUAAGGAGUGCUUUCGUUCCCUUUCUACAGGGAGGCCACCCUAUUGAAAUUUAUACACUGUAGAUCGUUGGAAUUUGUAUACUGUUGGCGAACCAUACUAGAAUCUUCAAGAUGUAUUUUGUUAAGUAUUGUAUGAGAGUGCAAUAAACGUGUCUGAAGCGUCAAUUUCGUAGGCUUUCGGAAUGAAUGUAGUGAUGCAGUUCUGCUUCAAAGGCGAUAUAUAUCCUGGGGUUCUCUGUACAGAUUGAAGCCAUGGCUAUGCACAAAGGAUGUAUGUAUAUAUCAAAUAUCCAUUUCGGGCUAUGAAGACCACCAUUGUAGGUUAUUUAUACACAUUGCAUGUAAUAACUCGGAGAUGUAACCUGAGUUUGUGGUUAUUUGAUGUUACUGAGCUUAUCUUGUGAAGGCGAUGUAAUAACUAUUGUAGCAAAGUGAAGCUUUGUUGUUCUGAACAAAAGUUUAGUUACACUAGGAGUUUGAUAAACCAUUUGGCCUUUAAUUAAUCUUUUCUGAUGUUCUCUUA